GCGUCACACACCCGGGACGCAACCACACGAGCGGUGACUGGGUUUCCGGUUCUGCUAUUUUCCCGUGAAAAGGCGAAGGUCUUCGUGGCGAUUAAGAAGACAUUUACAAACUGAAAUGCCAAACCGUUACCUACGGCUCGUUUUUCGGUAGCUCGUAACCCUCGUUUUAAACGAAAAAAAUCGGUGGACGUCACGGCGGCCGCGUGUGAGUGGAUCACGCCGACCGGAGCAGCAGCCUGUGUUGGUAGAGUCAAAAUGGCGUCGGUUUGCACACUCGACGCCCUUUUAAUCCAUCUGUGAUUAUCCAGAUAGCUAGAUUGAGCAACCGGUGACUAGUUUUGUAGUAUUUCGGAUUUACACACUGAUCCAGUCGGUGCAAACUUUAGCGUCAUGUCGGACUCGGAGGACGACAGCCAGGACAGGCAGCUUAAAAUUGUUGUGAUUGGAGACGGUGCGUGUGGGAAGACAUCACUCGCCACAAGGUUUGCACAGGAGGCCUUUGGGAAGCAGUACAAACAAACCAUCGGCCUGGAUUUCUUUCUGAAGAGAAUAAGCCUUCCAGGCAAUUUGAACGUGACCCUGCAGGUGUGGGACAUUGGAGGCCAAACGUUAGGAGGGAAAAUGCUUGAUAAAUAUGUAUACGGAGCUCAUGGUGUUCUCCUGGUGUACGACAUUACUAACUACCACAGCUUUGAGAAUCUGGAGGAUUGGUUUAGCAUGGUGAAGAAGGCCAAUGAGGAAUCUGAUAUCCAGCCUGUUGUCUCAUUGGUUGGGAACAAAAUCGACCUGGAGCACAUGAGGACAGUGAAAGCUGACAAACACCAGCGCUUCUGCCAAGAGAACAGUCUCAUCAGUCAGUUUGUAUCGGCGAAGACAGGGGAUUCGGUAUACCUUUGUUUCCAGAGGGUGGCUGCUGAAAUUCUUGGUGUAAAGCUAAACAAAGCAGAAAUAGAGCAGUCCCAGCGUGUGGUGAAGGCAGACAUUGUGAACUACAGUCAGGACACCGUGGCCAGGACAGUCAACCCCCCUCGCAGCUCCAUGUGUGUGGUGCAAUGACCCCCUCCAACACGCGCGCACACACACACACAAGCUCGUCUAACUUACAGUCUUCAGUCAGUAUUCCUUUAUCAGGUUUUUUGGGGUGACUGGAUGAGAUGUGUUGAGAGCGUGUCCUCUUUAUUCCUGCGUGCCAGUUGUACGGGUGAGAUGAAGAACAGGCUGUGCGGUUUUCGAGGCCUUGGCCUGUUGUUCGGAUAUUUAGGGGGAAUUAUUUCAACAGUAGUUCACCAAAAAGGAAAUGGAACCUCACUUUUUUUCAAGUUUACACGCAGCUAUCACUUUAUUUCUAUGAUUCAUUUUUAAUACAUAUAUUUAAAAAAAGCGUCUUUAAGCAAUUAAUUCACUUAUCUGUUAGUAUGAAGCUAAUUGUUUAAAGGAGGAAGACAACUACUAUAGUCAGUCACUCUGGUAAUUAAAAAAAUGUUUCUAUAUGUCUCCCCCUGCCAUCGCUAUUAUUAAUUGUUUCAAUGAUUAGAUAUGCUGCAGUAUAUUUCUAAAGAUAACACCCUCAACACCUGUUGAAUUUGUCUCUGUCCCUAGGACUGCAAAGUGGAUUUGUGGUAAGAAUUAAUGGGACUUAGAAAGGGAGGUGAAACCAAAUAGUCUCUCUCAUGAAUUUUUUCUUUGAAUUCUUUUUUGUCUGUGGUGCUCCUCAUUUGAACAGAAGGGGAAAUAGGCGUUAAAAUACUGUAGUGGACUGAAAUGAAUCUAUGUUUUCAAUUUGCCAAUUUUUUCAAUUAGGGGCUUGCACUAGCAGUGCUGUGACGUGAACGGUGUACUGGUAUUUUACGUAGAAAUAUUUCAAUUUUACAAUCUUAAAUCAACUUUUACAUUUUAUAUUCUGUAUUCUUCAGAUUAUAUCCAAAUCAUUUGCAUCUCUCGAAUAGUAUCUCUGUUCUCUAGAUGUUUCUCGUAGAGAAUACAUUGCAUUUUGAUAAUUUAGCGUUACAUUUUCAGAAUCUGUGACAUUGCCGGGUUUGUCCUGAUAGAGGACAGUUCAGAUGCUGUGUUAAUAAAGUAUUGAUAAAGCUAGAUGAAUAUGACUCAGGAAGUACCUGAGUGUCAAGCUGAGCAUGAGCUGAGUUGAAUUGUAAAACAUUUUAUUAGGUCUCUACAUAGCCUUAUUCAACUGUCCGUUAUAGAACAGAAGUUUGCAUUGAAGAAUAACUAUGAUGCAUAAAAUGUUUCAUAGGAUCUUCAUUUUGACCAGGUUAUUAGCUUGUUUUACAGUUUGUGUGUUGUUAGAGACGACUGAGAUAUUGCUCACUAAACCAAUUUUGUCAAAAUAGUUUCCACAUGAUAGUACAUGUUGGCAUGAUGGGAUUUAAUGUGGUGUCCACCUAUCAAAUUAUCUGCCAUAUGUGUUUGUACAAUAAAAGCAACCUCCACUCCAUUUCAAAGCUCCUUUCAUCGAUUAGAAAUCAUCACAACGCAUCCUGUAAAUUCUGAUCAUGUAAACAAAAUGUACGCUUUAAAAAAAUGAUGAAUGUACAGUUUAAAGUGAAUGUUUAGUUGACGUUAUACAGCAACACAGUUGUGUUUCUAAAUAAAAAUGAUA